GGCGGAGGAAGCGGCGCCUGCAGGAAGUGCGGGGAGGCAGAGCGGCCGCCGCCGGCGACACCAACACAUCGCGCACCUCAUGGAUUAAACCCGCCCGAAUCCGCCUCACUCCUUCAGGAUAUGGUGUGCCAAGACUGUUGCAGAUAAGAUCUGUGUGGCCUUCCUUCUUUGCCUCUGGUACUACACACAUUUUGAACUGUACAAAAUGCAGCUGGACAGUGCCUAAUGCUUAAAGUGCAUUGUGUCAUGGACGGGCCGAAUUACCAGCAGAACCAUCAAACUGACACUGCAAUGUAUGGUCUGCCAAAUAUCCCAGCCCAGUUCUGCCCCCGUGGAACAGAGAAUCAACUGCUGCAUACUAACUUCGAUCUAUGGAACCAUUUUGUAUAUCCUCCUUCAACAUUUCCUUCUACAGCAUCUCUAAAUGAUACCCGGCAGUUACUUAAUUCACCAAGUGAAGCAUAUUCAGAUGCCUUAUCCAUUAAUGGUCAAAACUAUGAAGAGCCAAGUUUGGAACCGAUAAAUUUGUCAAUGUUCCAAUGUAGAAAUGGCGAACAAAUGCAGGAUUUAAAUUAUAUAGAUGAUAAUUCCCUUUUCUCCUCACCUGAAUCACUGCCUGAUAUAGCCGAUACUGAUGAUCUUCUCCCUUUGUAUUUUCCAACUCAAUCAUUUUCAAAUCACCUGCAAAUCAGCAAUGGCCCGACUCACUCUUUUCAGACGUCAAUACAGCUGGAAGAAGAAGAAGAAUCUGAUGAUGAGGAACCUGAAGAAUUGGGGCAUGCAGAAACAUAUGCAGACUAUGUACCUUCCAAAUCUAAAAUUGGAAUUAACCACCCAGACAGAGUGGUUGAAACAAGUACAUUGUCUAGUGUGCCACCUCCAAACAUCAGAUACACCCUUUGCCUUCCACCAUUGACAAUUUCAAAUGGUUCAUUGUCCGCACUACAACUAGAAGCAAUCAUCUAUGCAUGUCAGCAACAUGAAGUCCUGUUGGAAAAUAACCAUCGUGCAGGGUUUCUUAUUGGUGAUGGGGCUGGUGUUGGAAAGGGAAGAACUGUGGCUGGCAUCAUUUAUGAAAAUUACAUAAGGGGCAGAAAGAAAUCACUGUGGUUUAGUGUCUCCAAUGACUUGAAAUAUGAUGCUGAACGUGAUCUUAGAGAUAUUGCUGCAAACAUUCCAGUGCAUGCUCUCAACAAGAUAAAGUAUGGUGAUACAGCUACUUCAGAAGGUGUUUUGUUUGCAACCUACUCUGCACUGAUUGGUGAAAGUCAAGCUGGUGGUCAACAUAGGACAAGGCUAAAGCAGAUUCUGGAUUGGUGUGGAGAGCACUUUGAUGGUGUUAUUGUAUUUGAUGAAUGUCACAAAGCAAAAAACGUCUGUGUGAAUGGCAGUACCAAAUCCACAAAAACAGGUCUGGCUGUCCUGGAGCUUCAAAACAGACUUCCAUAUGCACGAGUUGUUUAUGCUAGUGCAACAGGUGCCUCAGAACCAAAGAACAUGGCUUAUAUGUGCCGUUUAGGUAUUUGGGGAGAAGGCACACCGUUCCGUCAGUUUGAGGAUUUUCUUCGUGCUAUUGAGAAACGUGGCGUUGGUGCAAUGGAAAUUGUUGCUAUGGAUAUGAAAGUUAGUGGCAUGUAUAUUGCUAGACAACUGAGCUUUGCUGGAGUGACAUUCAGAAUAGAAGAAAUACCUCUUGAUGAAAGUUUCAAACUUGUAUACAACAAAGCAGCUGUGCUGUGGGCUGAAGCAAUGAAUAUAUUUCAACAUGCAGCAGAAUUAAUUGGUUUGGAGUCCAGAAAAUCUCUCUGGGGGCAGUUUUGGUCUGCACAUCAACGCUUCUUCAAGUAUCUAUGUAUUGCUGCCAAAGUUAGACGUUUAGUAGAGAUAGGCAGACAUGAACAGCAGAAAGGCAAGUGCGUUGUUAUAGGAUUACAGUCCACAGGUGAAGCUCGGACACGAGAAGUACUUGAUGAGAAUGAUGGCCAUCUUAACCAAUUUGUAUCUGCUGCAGAAGGCGUCUUUAAGUCACUAAUUCAGAAGCACUUUCCUUCAACAAAGCGAAAGAAAGAAAAGGGAGCUGGGACAAAAAGGAAACGAAAACAACGAGGCCGGCCCUCGAAACAAGUUAGAAGUGUUCAGGAUUGCGUCUACUUGUUAAAAAGUAGCGAUGACAGCAGCUGUGAUUCUGACCUUGAUACUGACAGUGAUUUAAAUUCAUCACCUGCAUCUGCCAUAGAGAUAUCUGAAGAGGCUGAUGUCAUUGCUGUGGAUCCUCCCAUAAAUGGUUUUCUGUCUACGGAAAAAGCAGCAACACUAGAAUUUGUAGAAAAAAUGAAAGGGGAUCUGCUGGCAAAGGUUGAAUUACUGGGAAAAGAACUACCUCUAAAUACACUGGAUGAACUGAUCGACUUGUUUGGUGGACCUGAGCACGUGGCUGAGAUGACUGGAAGAAAGGGACGUGUUGUUCGCAAACCGGAUGGCUCCGUUUGUUAUGAGUCCAGAGCAGAACAAAAUUUGUCCAUUGACCACGUGAAUUUAAAGGAAAAGGAGCGAUUCAUGGAUGGGGAUAAGUUGGUAGCUAUCAUCUCUGAAGCAGCCAGUUCAGGAAUUUCACUGCAGGCUGACAAAAGAAUAAAGAACCAACGAAGGAGAGUACAUAUGACCCUGGAAUUGCCUUGGAGUGCAGAUCGUGCUAUUCAGCAGUUUGGUCGUACUCAUAGGUCAAAUCAGGUGUCUGCUCCAGAAUAUAUAUUCCUCAUCUCUGAACUUGCAGGAGAAAGGCGAUUUGCCUCCAUUGUUGCAAAGCGCUUGGAGAGUCUGGGUGCUUUGACUCACGGUGAUCGGAGGGCAACGGAAUCCAGAGACCUCAGCAAAUAUAAUUUUGAUAACAAGUAUGGAACCAGGGCACUGGAUAAAGUCAUUAAAACCAUCUUAGGUCAGGUAGAAAAUAAAGUACAACCACCAAAAGAUUACGUUGGAGGCCCUACUGCUUUUAUCGAAGACAUGAGGAUGGGAUUGAUGGCUGUUGGAAUAUUCUGCAAAGAAAACCGAUAUGGAUAUGUAAAUGUGGAAAAAGACUGCAGCAUCUCAAAGUUUCUGAAUCGGAUUCUUGGACUCGAGGUUCACAAGCAAAAUGCACUUUUUCAAUAUUUUACCGACACGUUUGAUUAUCUUAUUGAGAAGGACAAAAAAGAAGGAAAAUAUGACAUGGGAAUCUUAGAUCUAGCUCCAGGAGUGGAAGAGAUAUAUGAGGAACGGCAAGAAGUAUUCCUUACGCCAGGACAUCCACAGGAUGGGCAAGUGGUUCUCUAUAAGAUAAGUGUGGAUAGAGGCAUGCCAUGGGAAGAGGCUUAUCAGAAGUCACUCACCUUGACCGGAGAUAAUGAUGGCUUUUACAUUUCACACAGGCUUAGAGGAAAUGAGCCUUUUGCACUUUUGGCUGAGCAAAUUAAUGUGAAGAAUUACGUGUUGUAUAAACCAAAUAUUGGAAAACAAAUACAACCAGAAAGUUUUGAUAACUUGCGAAAGAAAUACAAAAGAGUCAAACCUGAAGAAGCCAAAGAAUUCUGGGAAAACCUGUACAAUUUUGCCUUCCAGAAAUGCAGUCAUGCGGCUUGGAACGGGAAGUGUAAGAUAGUGCAACAGGGAAAGGAGUGUUUUCAAGGCAUGCGGCUGCGUCAUUACUACAUGUUGUGCGGAGCUCUAUUACGGGUUUGGAACAAAGUUGGAAACAUCAUGUCCGAUGUUACAAACUCCAGCCACUUACAAAUUGUACGUCUCAAAACCAAGGAGCAGAAAAAGCAAGUUGGUAUAAAGAUUCCUGAAGCCUGUGUCUACAACGUCAUUGAAGAGCUAAAGAAGAUGGAUUUUGCAGUAAAGAAAAAACAGGAGGAGAACCGAUUGGCAAACCAGGUACUGCAUAUGUGUCAGAGUGAACCAGCAGACAGUUUACCUGUGGCACAGUCCUUUAACAGCAAUGCUCAGAUUUUAUCAGAUACUUUUGACCCCGUCCGUGUUUUACAGGAGUUGUUAGGGUAUGAUUAUGAUCAAUAUGGAGAACAGGAACAAAUGCCAAGUCAAGAUCGACAAAGUGUUAUUCAGUAUGGGCAACCUUCACAUAUCUGGGAAGCUGGCUGAAUAGCAAAAGCCCGGCAUGCUGCUAUGCUAAAGUGCCUGUCUCCAGUCAAAAUCCUACUUAUCCUAUUGACAUGCAGGCUGAAAGUUGACAAUGUCAUAGAUUUUCCCUUCAGUGACACUGCCUGCACAUAAAGACCAUGACUGGGACAUCAAUGCAUUCUUCCAUCGUGUGAGUUUUGAAGGUACAUCUCUUCAACCCUUGAAUCUUUGACGUGGCGUUAUCGAGAGCUGACACGUUUCUUCACUUCUCUUCCCCACUGCGUGUUGGUACUGAUGUUGUCAUCAGCAGUGCACGUGUUCAAUUACAUUUGUCUUAAGGGAUGAGCCCUCUGCAGGGAAUUUGCACAGUCAAAAGUCUACGAGAAGGGAGAAUUGUACAAAAGCUAACAGGUAAUCAGAUUCAGUGGUUGAAAAUAAAGUUUGUCCCGACCCAGUGAAAAGGAAAGGCAGCUUUCCCAGCACUUACCUUCACACUGGGAAACCUGCUGGAAAAGCCGUGUUUCCGAGGAACAGUUCCAUUUCCUCUGCUGUCAAGUAACUGCUGUUCUGCACACCUUUUACAUAACACUUUUCUAAGGGGCUUAAAUAUGCACUUAACAGCAGUGUAAUUACAGUGUAGUGAGUUAUUCCUGUAGUAUUAAUAUGCUUUAACAAAGUGCAACAUUGCAGUGUACAACUAUAUGACUGUAAAUAUAAACUCCAUUAUCUUUUAAAAAGAUCGCAACAGGUUUUAUACCACACUUAGUUUGGGAACCGUGGUGAUAUUUUUCAUAUCUCCACAUUUAUCAUAAAGAUUGUAAAUUUGUUUCUAAAUUAUAUAUUUUAAGCAUGUAAAAUAAAUAUAUGUUGUGGAAAUCAGCAAGACAUGAUAAAUAUCUCCACAGAGUCAUGGACUCUCCCUGACUUGAGGAUAUUAGUCAUAUCACCUGCUGACUCUGACACAAAAUCUUCAGCUGUAAUGGAACAACUAUGCAAUAGCUUACAGAAAGUGCUGGUUAAAAUCUCGUUAUAUGCUUACAUAUGUUCCCCUUGAAAUACUUACUUUAAUGUCAAGACAUCAUUCUUAUGCAGACCCACUCCAGAUGAAUGGAAGUUUACAACCCUUAGAUUUACUUUUGGAAUGAGAAAGAUUAAAGUGGGUUGUUUUCUCUGUUUCGUACUCCUCUACAUGGGACAAAUUGGUAUCUGAUGAGAGAUGGCUUUUUGAUUGAAAGUACUUAAAUCAUAAUUGAAUUGACAAGAAUGUGAGUUCUAGCAGAAUGGGGAAUCUUUUAACUUGUUUUUACUCCUCUUCAAAAUAAAGCAAGAUUUUAUGUUAUUUAAUUUACUUAUUUCCUUAAAUUUUAUCUGUUGCUUUCUUUUAUCACACAGCUCUUGUCUGUACUGUUUUAAUCAGAGAAAUGCCAUGGAAAGUUCUGUUAUCUUUCUUUCCUCACUGGCAGUACCACCAUAGAGCUCGUCUAACCUUUUAAAUUCACAGACUCUAAGCUGGAAGUUUUUUUAUAUACAAGAUGAAAUCUGUUGCUCAGGUUAUUGUGUCAGUAUUGGUAUUCUAAACCUACCAAUCCAUUUGGAGUGACCCAAAGACUAGUUUUAUGAAAGUCAGGUACCUUGCCACAUUUUAAAAGUUCCUUUCACUGUCCAGCCGUUUAAAACUGAGGAGUAAUCAUUGGGGGAAGAAGCAUUUCAAUGCGUUAGUAAUUCUUACGUUGACUUUAUAGUAACACUUACAACACUUGCUCAGGUACAGUAAAAUUGUCAUGAUCCAGUAGACGUAGACUGGAAAAAAAUAGAAUUGUAGAUUUAAAUCAAUCUGACACAACAUUAGCACCAUAGCUGCCUACAGUUUUUCAGUUAAACUGACAUACAUGAAAUACUCUACAAGUGGACCUCAAACCUGUGUUACGAGAUUCAAUAACUAUAUGGUAAAGGAUUACAGUAAAACAGUGGAUCGAGAUCAGUGCCUAAAAACAUAUUCUCUCCCCUUUGAUUACUCCAGAGUUCUAAUGGAUAUAAAUUCAAGCAAAUAGAGACUUUUUUUGAAGCAUAUUAAAUAGAUCAUGGUAUUACUGCUUAAGAAAGCCCUGGAUGUUGGAUGAGACCAAGACCAUUUGGGGAUGAGAUAUCCAGAGUGAAUAGUGACCCUUAACUGUCAACUAACAAAAGUGACAAAUGUGAACAACUUGUUUCAGUAUGGCAGAGAGUUAGUUAUGUGUAACAGCCAUUGUUUUGUCUCGACAACUUAUCAAUAAUUGAAACCCAUGUGGCAGUAAUAUUGCCUUUGUUGGUCAAGAGAAACUCAUUAGACAAGUUGAUUAGAUGAAGUAUCAAAUUAGAUAUUGUUGCAUUUGUCUGUAGUUGAUACUAAGGUCACUAUUACUUGAUAUUUAAUGGAUCAAAAAAUAGAUAUCACAAUCUUGGACGUAUUUAAUGAAUUAUAAGCAUGAAGCCCAGAAGAUCAUUGCCAACAUCCUGAGUGCUUUAAAGCUUGAUAUUAGUCAGUCAACAACACAUAUGCCGGGUUGCAUUUGUUUGUUUGACAUGCAGAAAGGAACCUCUAAUACAGGUGAUGUGUAUAUGGCAGGGAUCAAGAUGGUGAAACAGGGAAGAUGUAUGUAAUGUUUGCUGACCAGAAGCACCCAACUUUAAAAGUUCCAUUAAGUAAUUGUUGACUCAUUUUUAAAAAAUCAGGGACUGCUGUAAAGCUUAAAAACUGCUUUAAUCUGCCAUUAGAAAUUUUGGAUGCACUGUAAUAUUAGAAUCCAGAGAAUAUUAUUAUCGUGUCCUUACAUUACUACUUUCACUGAGUAUUCUGACUAAGAUAGAACACCUACCAAAGUAUUCACCAUCUUUUAAGUUACCUGCUAUAAAAUCUCUUUGCCUCAGGAACUGAUCCAAUGGCCCUUUUCUAUCUUUUUUUAUCAGGGUUGUCUGCAUGAAUUAAGAUUCAUGUUGCUUUUUGUUCGUUAAACAGUAGAUUUUGACUUUUUUUACAUAAAUUAUUUUGUUAACCGAUAUGGUUCUAUUGAUUGUAGCUAUUGUAUAUGCUGUGGGUAUCUGUAAACAAUGCAAGCACUUUUGCCUACUUACAAUUUACUGGGUUAUCUUUGUUUUCUAUUUGUAUUUAUAAAUGUAGGAAAUGAAGCAGUAUAUAUGUAAAGAAAAUAUCAAAAUGUGCCUUAAACUAAUUAUUCUUAAUUUUCUACUUUCAAGGAAGGAAUAUAGUAGCAUGCUUUCAUUUUUAUGAUAAAUAAAAAAACUACAAUUAUCUUUUUUUACAACUUGCAGUUCACUGUCUCCAAAUAUGUACUUGUUGUUAGCAAUAAUUUUUCUGUAAUGUUCUAAGAGAAUGUCUACCAGAUAUAUAACAUUUGCUUUUCUAGUACCAAUACCUUGCCAAAUCCCACAAGACAGUUGCACUACACAUCUAUGUAUCCAAAAUAAACGUCCUCAUUUUAAAAAUAUGGUAUUACUGUAUAGCACAAAAUAAAAUUUCUGUAAAGA